AUGAUAAUACCUAGUCCAUUUAAAAGAGCAUUGUUUUGGCCAACUCCUAAACAAAACUCAAAAGGAAGAAAGAAAGAAAAAGUGCCAUCUGUUGUAUCAUCUUUGGAAUGGCAAAGAUACCAUGAAAACAAACUGAAGAAAAAGACUGAAUUAGAGAAUGAGAAAAAAAGAAGAGCUGAGGAAAGGAAAAAAAAGAAAGAAGAGACUGAAAAGACUGACUAUGAUAGCUCAACUACUGAAGAAGAGUGGGUAGAAUCUGGAGAUAGUGUGAAUGAUAUUUCUGAUGAAGUCACUGAUGAGGAAAACGAAGAAGAAAGAAACGAGAAAGAAAGGAAUGAGGAAGAAAGAAAUAAGGAAGAAAGUAGAAUUAAGCAAGGAGCAGAACCACCAACCACAGUCACACGCUUUGAUAAAUCGAAGAAAGAGAGAGUUGCUAUUCCAUGCCCCAAAGUCAUCAAGGAGUACAAUGCCCACAUGGGAGGCGUGGACUUAUUAGCUUCAUUUAUAGGUCGUUAUCACAUCACAAUGAAGAGCCGCUAG